AUGGGAGAUAAUCUACGACGAAAGGUAAUGUUUGUCAUUCAAUUUUUUAAUAUUAUUUAAGAGAUUAUGAUUGAAUCAAUGAUAUUUUUAAUUUAUGUUUAUAACUGUUGGGUUUUAUGCCGAUAAUUUCGUAAAUAGUCUAAAUAAUGUAUCAAAUGAUUUAGAAAUAUAUAUAUGUUAUAUAUUAUGUAGAUAUAUAUGUUAUACUAUAUGUAGAUAUAUCUACGGUCCGAGAUUAUUUGCAUCUUCUUUAGGUAUUACGCACAUUUAAAAAUCUACAUCGUACGCGAAUGAUUACUUUUCAAGAUGAUGAACAUGCAUUACAAGGUAUUUUAACGUAGCUUAAAUAUUCAUUGAAUCCGUAAUGUUUUAAUAAAUAUUACUCAGUUACAAGGAACAAGAUAAAUGAGGAGUACAGAAAAUAUAAAACUGUCACUAAUUCAGCAGCUAUUGAAGAGGUAAAAUUUCAUGUUUGAUAUUUGAAUUAAAUACUAAAUGAAUAUCGUUUUAGCUAAAUAAAUUUGCGGAAGAAGUGGAAUAUGAACUACGAACAUCAGUAAUUCAAGGGGUUGAAACACGACCUGGAACAUACAGUAAUAUUCUAAAGAUACAAAUAAUUUACAAUUUCGUUACUGUACUGACUUAGUUUUAUGUUUUAGCGUUACGUCUUACACCUGAUAAAUUGGUAGACAGUGUACCUUACAAGAAUGAGGAAUGUGAUACUAGUAAUAAAAAUGCAGAUACAUCUAUUUCAAAAGAUAAACCAAAUUUAAGGAGCAAGAUUGCAUUGAAAUUUGGGAGAUUCGUGACGCACUCCCAGCGUUUCCGAUUACAGAAAUUUUCUAUGAUGUUAUGUGCAGCGAUUAUUUUGAAAGAUUUGUCACAAAAAUUACGAAUUAUUCUAGAAGAACAAAGUUUGGUAUUUUAUUCCGUAUUUAUAGUACAAUUGUAUAUUAAUUGUCGAGGAAAAACAAUAACCAAUUAUAGUUAAUCAUUGCGAAAUAUUUGCAACAUUACAUUUUUUCUAAUAAUUGAUCGUGUUUUAUGUUAUGAUUUAAUGAUUUCUAAGGUCUUUUUCGAAUUGUUGAGAUGUUUAUUCAGUAACUUUCAGCCUCCAGUUACUCCGCACCUGCGAUCUUCAUCCUGGUAAAUAUAAAAAUAAUUUUUUACUACAGAUAUUAUCAAUUGAAACAUUAUAA